UCCUCUGGUUAGAUUGUCCAUUGUCGCUUGUCCCUGAAUGCAUCAUUAGGCCAAACUGAGCUGCCGUAGUGCGUCACAUGUUGACUAGUGUGCUAGUUCAUGCUACCGAAAGCUUGACAAAAUUUAGAAAGCCAGAGGCAAAAACGAAGAGUUAUCGAGACACUGUUCUGUUGCUGUCGGUACUUUCGUUUUAAAUGUAUUAAUAUGGCCGUUUAUUGUUGGAUAAAACACACCUGUUAAUUUUUAAUGUAUUCUGACAGGCUAAUGUAGCCUGUUUGCUAGCCAAAAAGAGUUGACAUCUCACUGUUGGCUUCGGGUUAGCUAACAUAGUCAACACAGGAGCUGAAAUAAAGAGAGCUCCAGAUGCGGCUAAAGGACCCUUUCUCUUUGAAAGCCGCCGAUAUGACUAAGCGGACUAAUAAACCAAGGAAACCUCGAGAUGAAGAGUCAUCAGAUGAAGUCAGUGGGUUGACAUGCCAGCACGUGAGUAAGGCAGUGGACCUGAGCUCAGUGAAGAAGUCUGUACUCUCCAGCGUGUGGUUGGUGUGCUCUGAGUGCCUAAAGGAGAGGACCAUGAUCGAUGGAGAGCCAGCAGCAUCACAUGACAUCCUGGUGUGCUUAAAGUGUGGUUUCCAGGGCUGUAACCAGUCGGGGAUCCAGCACGCUGUCAAGCACUACCAGGCUUUCCAUCCAGAGUCUCACUGCAUCACCAUUAGCUUGAGCACAUGGAAGGCCUGGUGUUUUGAAUGUAAUGAGGAGCUUUCCACUCACUGCAACAAGAAGGCUUUGGCUCAAUCACUGGACUUUUUACAAAAGCACUCUGUCAAGGCAACAUCAGCAUCACCCAAGAUUAUCAAGCUGCGAGAGGAACCAUCAGAUUAUACUGAGCUACCCAGAGGCAAGAGUCCGGUCAUCAACAGCACCUUGGUUCCUGUCAAAGGCAUCAAUAACCUUGGUAACACCUGUUUCUUCAAUGCUGUUAUGCAGAAUUUAUCCCAGGCACACAUGCUCAUUGACCUUAUCCAGGAAGUGAAGGAGAAAGGGUACAAACUGAGGAUCUGCCCCCCUGUCGAGACCAAUCUGAGUCCACUGACAGUAACGCUGCCCAGUCCAGAGCCCCUGACUGCGGCCAUGUUUCUCUUCCUUCAGAGCAUGAGAGAACCAGGGAAAGGCCCAGUCAACCCCAAGAUCCUUUUCAAUCAGCUCUGCCAGAAAGCUCCACGCUUCAAAGGCUACCAACAACAAGACAGCCAGGAGCUUCUGCACUACUUACUGGACUCCAUACGAGUAGAAGAAACUAAAAGGGUGAAAGCAGGCAUUCUGAAGGCUUUCAACAAUCCCACAGAGAAGACAGCAGAUGAGGAGACCAAACGCCAAGUCAAAGCAUACGGGAAGGAAGGUGUGAAGAUGAACUUUGUUGACCGUAUCUUUGUAGGCGAGCUGACCAACACAAUUAUGUGUGAAGAGUGUGAGCAUAUCUCCACAGUAAAGGAGGCUUUCAUAGACAUCUCUUUGCCCAUCAUAGAGGAGAGGAUUUCAAAACCAUCCAAUCCUAGUAGGCUGGGCAAGGGCAGCAGGGAGCAGGACACCCACAUGGCUUACACUGACCAGGUUCUUUCUGCAGCGCACCCUGUCAACCGAAACACCAGAAAGCUGAGUGGACAGAAGCAACAGACCAGGAGGGCUUCAAGCUCUGUGGAGGAGAAGGGAGCAGGCUGCGGUGCGGAGCGAACAGAGGAAGAGGCAGUAGCUGGUGGAUCAGCUCGUGGUGUCACAGUUUGCAAGAUGGCCGCUGCUGGCAGCCUAUCAGAUGGCAGUGAAAGAGAAUCAGGUGCUCAGGACAGCAGUAAUGACGCUGACAGUGAAGCCUCAGAGAGUGAGUGGGCCCCACGCACCUUCUCCUCCAGCCAUGGGCACGGGCACAUGUCCACCCCAUCGUCCACUUCCACCCUCACUCCAUCCCCUACGCUCAUCUCUGCCUCCUCCCCCUCAUCAUCAUCCUCCACAAGGCAAGGUAGCGCUGUAGAGCAACUAGUUACUGCAGUGGCCAAAGUCAACCUGGGUUUCACCUCUGGGGACUGCUCACCUUCGACGCACUGUUCUCCCGAGGAGCAGGGAGAAUCACAGUCACGAGAUAACCUCCACCAUCAGCACCACCAGGGAGCUUUCCAGGCGCUGUCCCACAGUUACACACCCAGCUCCAAGGAGUGCUCCAUCCAGUCCUGCCUCCACCAGUUCACCUCUGUGGAAUUACUGAUGGGCAAUAACAAGCUGCUGUGUGAGAGCUGCACCGAGCGCAGACAGAAACAGCUACGCAAGAGCAGCUUAGCCGAUAAGAAGGUGGAGAAGAUUUACACCAGCGCCAGGAAGCAAAUGCUGAUAUCCUCACUACCUCCAGUCAUCACAUUGCAUCUGAAACGCUUCCACCAGGCAGGGAUGAACCUACGAAAGGUGAACCGCCAUGUUGACUUUCCACUGAUCUUGGAUCUGGCUCCAUUCUGUUCAGCAUCCUGCAAGAACCUGGCAGCUGGUGAGUGUGUCCUCUACAGUCUCUAUGGGAUUGUGGAACAUAGUGGCUCAAUGCGGGGGGGGCACUACACUGCAUAUGUGAAAGUGCGCUCUCCCCAGAGGAAAACAGAACCGCAACACAGGAACUUGUCAGGUGCGAGAGAGGCCAGCAGCAGCUCCCAGGGCCAGUGGGUGUACAUCAGCGAUACCACUGUUCAGACGGUACCAGAGUCAAGGGUACUCAACUCUCAGGCAUAUCUGCUCUUCUACGAGGAAAUGCUGUAAUGUAACCAGUGAAAGUAGUUUUCCCUAAAAAUGAGUUUUGCUUUGUAUUGUUUUUGGUACAGCCUGUACAAAUCCUCCUACUGUAUCUGUGAGUGGGUGGAGGGAAGAAAAAGGGAAAGACUUCACUGUACACUCACUUUUCUUACAUGAGAAGAAUGGCCACUUUUAAGUAUCUUAGGUAUAUAAAAGAUUAACAUCAGAUAUUGAAGUUAUUAUUUUCUGCUUUGAUAUAGUCCCGAUUUUCAUUCAUGUUUCUAUUAUAAAAAUCCCACUGUUUCAAAAGUAGUCAGGCGAAAAGAGUGUUAUUGAACCUGAGCUGUUCUAAAUUUAUCAUCUAUCUCUUAUCACGAUCAUGUGCCUGAGAUAUAAACUGCAUGAAGGAGUUUGCUACAGUAACUAACAGGAAAUAAGCAGAGUUAUUGCAUGCUAAACUGUGCUCAGCACUGACUAGUUGAUGUCAAUAGCGUUUGUAUGUACAUGUGUGUGCACAUACACACAUGUAUGAGUGAGUGUGUGAGUGAGUAAGAGACAGGAGAAUGUAGUUUUAAGGUGCUGCAUGUAUCAUUUUCAAAUCAGUUUACGAAUGCCUGAUUAAAUUGGUGUAGUUGGUAUAAUUAACGUAAAAACUCAGGACCAUCAGAAAGAAGAUUAGCUCCUCUGUCAGUGCUCUGCACAACAGAUUUUACAUUGUCUGCUCAGAUUUGGUGAGGAAUGUGCUUGAGUGUUUCUGGUAAUGGCAGAUGAUAGAUGGUAAGAAACGGUAGCAGAACAAUGAAUUCAGACAUGUUUGUCCUUUUCACUUAAGACAUCAUGACUGAGCAUAAGGACAGGUAGCAAUAUCAGUCAUGACAGAGUUUAUGGGAAAUAUGGUCAUACAUUUGAGAAACUCAAGCGCUACCGAUGGUUUUGUAUAGAGGCUAUUAAUUGCCUCAGCCUUGGCCCUGUUUAUUUAUGAUAAUAAUAAAAACUAAGUUAUCAUAUCUUCCAGUAGUUUAAAUUGAGCAGCUGAUUGAAAUAGUUGCACACAGCACCUUUGAAGAGUAGCACAACAGUUAUUUUAUAACCUACUUUAAAUGGAUUGUUCUUUUUUUACAUCAGAAUGUAUACAUGUAAGACUAUCAGUCAGUAACAUUUGCCAAAGACGAGUUUUGCAGCUGCAUGUCAGAGCAGAAAAUCAAAACCAAACACUCAAGGAGUUUACUUCAUACAGACUUUCUUUAACAUUUGUUCUCUCAAGGUCAUCAGUUUGGUUCCCGAGUGUCGUUGCACAAACAAAUGAACUGGAUGUUUAUCAGCCCAACAGCAAAGCACCUUGUUUGCCUUUUAUUGUCUUUCAGCUCUACUGUAACUCUGUAGGCGCACACACAAACCCAUUAAGAUGCUUGACAAAGAGUCAGUACUGCAAAACUGACUUUUUUAUUCCCUAAUGCUAUCAAUAAGGUUGAGCAAAUAAUAAAAAUAUUUUUGAAGAAAACCUUGACGGCUUCAAGCCGUAGUAGAAAAACAUCUUUGCUGUUAUGUGCAUGGGUUAAUGUUCUAAUGAAUGUAUUGCCUAUUCUUGAAAUGUCUCUGUCAGAUAAACUGUUCAUCUUUUUCUAUGAAAAUAUUUUAAACCUUUUUCUUGCUUGUUGGACAUUUGCCAAAACAGUAGAAAGGAAAGGGUUAAACAUAUGCAUUAGAGUCUAGUUUAUUGUUUCCUUUCUAAACAAGGACAAAUUCAGUGCCUAUGCUUCAGGUUUAAAAAAACCUGUGCAUGGUGAGAAGAAAGACAUGCAGCAUUAAAUGCAAAGAGUGACGUGUGGCAUAUUUAUGUACAGUAUUACUUACUGUAAGCAGAAAUAAUAAGGAGUUUAUGUAAUUGUACAUACUAAUAACAAUACAAACUCAUGGUGCUUCAUGCGUGCAGGGUUUUUCCUCAAGACAGAUUUUUGUUUUCAGAAAAUCACAUUUAAUUUCAGUUUUGAAAUAAUAAACACUUGGAAUGAGUAUAACUACAUACUAUAUCAAAAUAAAUCUAAUUUAUGAACCGAAUAUUUGACAGGACUUGUUUAUCUUUAUGUUUUAGCCUCUCUUGUGCAGUAGCACUAGUAGAUGAUGGAUCACAAUGGAUUUUGUGUUUUUUGCCUUGGAAUUUAUGUCAUCCUGUUUUUGCUCUAAGCGAGAUGUUGUCCACCAUUGCUCAUGGCUGUCACUGCAGAUUCCAGGGUGCCAUAUUCAACCUGUCUUUGCCGGUGAUCAACCCUGACGGGUGCAGAGCAGCGCUGCUUCAGAACAUGUCGCGAGCUGGUGAAGAGGAGGUGGGUGUGGAAUCAGGAAAAGGGCAGCGUCCAAAAACAUCGCCUUACAUGUCCUCUUUCUUCCACACGCCGUGACAUCCAAGUCAUGCUGCUGGAGCAUUAAAGCAGGCAGGAAGCAGCAGUAGACGUUUUUUUGCAGCCAAGUGAAGAAGCGGCUGAAUCCACUCAUCUCUGUCUUUUUAACCUCUGAAACACCAAAGGAGGACAGUCAGUGCCUUAACACAUCGCAGCAGAAUUAACAGUUAAACACUGGGAAUGGAGCUGAAUAAUAUUUCCUACCUGUUGUGGUCUUGAAAGAUUCCUACACCCUGACUGGCUGCUGCGUGAGGAUCAGCUCAUCCUGUACUGCAGAGAUGACACAAGACUCAUCAGCGGAGGUCAGAGGAGGAGGUGGAGAGGUAACAAAGGCGCAGUCUGGUUCUCCGGUGGGUUCCUCACUCAUAUUCACAGCAUCCAGGACCGAAGCAGUGACU